CCCAGAUACCACCACUCCUACACGUUUCACCAGUUGAUUAAACACGAAAUUGAAGACAGCUACAGGGUCCUACACCUCACCCUCUGCCAAACAACCUGCAACCCCACUUUUCUCUCUCUGGCGUUCGUAACUACGCGGGCUCGAUCUGAACUCUAGACGCCGAUUGAAGCAGCCAUGGGAGUGCCGGCGUUCUACAGGUGGCUUGCAGAUCGCUACCCUCGGUGCAUCACCGACGUGGUGGAGGAGGAGCCAGCGGAGGGCGAGAAUGGAGUUCUCCUGCCUAUCGAUGUCGCUAAGCGGAACCCUAAUGGCAUGGAGUUCGAUAAUCUCUAUUUGGACAUGAAUGGCAUCAUUCAUCCCUGCUUUCACCCCGAAGGCAAGCCUGCGCCAGCCACAUAUGAUGAUGUAUUUAAAUCGAUAUUUGAUUACAUCGACCAUCUCUUUUCAUUGAUUCGCCCAAGAAAGCUUCUUUAUAUGGCAAUUGAUGGAGUCGCACCAAGAGCUAAGAUGAAUCAGCAACGUUCUCGGCGAUUUAGAGCUGCCAAAGAUGCUGCUGAGGCUGAAGCUGAAGAGGAAAGAUUGAGGGAAGAGUUUGAGGAAGAGAGUAAAGGUUUGUCUUCUAAAGAAAAGCCUGAAACAUGUGAUUCAAACGUGAUCACACCUGGAACUCAAUUUAUGGCUGUGCUGUCAGUGGCGCUGCAAUAUUAUAUACAUGCCAGGUUAAACCGCAAUCCUGGCUGGUGGUAUACAAAGGUUAUUCUUUCCGAUUCAAAUGUUCCUGGUGAGGGAGAACAUAAAAUAAUGUCAUACAUUCGGUUACAGCGUAAUCUUCCUGCUUUCGAUCCGAACACCCGACACUGUCUUUAUGGUCUAGAUGCAGAUUUGAUUAUGCUGUCUUUAGCAACGCAUGAAAUUCACUUCUCAAUAUUAAGAGAGGUUAUCACUCUGCCUGGGCAGCAGGGGAAAUGUUUCCUCUGUGGUCAGGUUGGUCAUCUGGCUGCUGAAUGUCCUGGGAGCCAAGCUGAAGAUUUGAAUGAGAAGGCUGUGGACAACACUCCCAUUCACAAGAAGAAAUAUCAGUUCCUGAACAUCUGGGUGUUGCGAGAAUAUUUGCAGUAUGAUUUGGAUAUUCCCAACGCUCCAUUCAAGAUUAACUUUGAGCGGAUCGUGGAUGAUUUUGUGUUUCUAUGCUUUUUUGUUGGCAAUGACUUUCUUCCACAUAUGCCAACAUUGGAAAUCCGGGAGGGUGCUAUAAAUCUAUUGAUGAAUGUGUAUAGAAGGGACUUUGCAGCUAUAGGUGGUUAUCUAACUGAUGCUGGUGAGGUCUUGCUGGAAAGAGUAGAACAUUUUGUUCAGUCAGUUGCUGUCUAUGAAGAUCAAAUUUUUCAGAAGCGGACUCGUAUAAAGCAGGCUAUUGAGAAUAAUGAAGAGACGAGGCUUAGAAUGGCGAGAGAGAACUCUGAAGAGCCAAAGGCUCCAGUUGUGGACAAGGUGAGGUUAGGGGACCCAGGAUAUAAGGAAAGAUAUUAUGAAGAGAAGUUAGGUUUAUCAAGUCCAGAGGUGAUUGAUAAAGCCAGAAGAGACAUGGUUUUCAAGUACGUGGAAGGCUUGUGUUGGGUUAUGAAGUAUUACUAUCAGGGUGUUUGCUCCUGGCUAUGGUUUUAUCCAUAUCAUUAUGCUCCUUUUGCUUCUGAUCUUAAAGAUCUUGGAGAUCUUGAGAUUACAUUUUUCUUGGGUGAGCCAUUUAAACCUUUUGACCAGCUCAUGGGGACCCUACCAGCUGCAAGUGCACAUGCCCUGCCUGAAAAAUACAGAGAAUUGAUGACUGACCCAUCAUCGCCUAUCCUUCACUUCUACCCUUCUGACUUUGAGAUUGACAUGAAUGGGAAGCGCUUUGCGUGGCAGGGUGUUGCAAAAUUGCCAUUCAUUGAUGAGAAGAAAUUGCUUGCUGAAACUAAGAAGCUUGAAAGCACUUUAAAGGAAGAAGAAAUGGUUCGGAACCGUGUGAUGCUUGAUUUGUUGUAUGUUUUUUCUUAUCAUCCGUUGGCUGCACAAAUAUUCUCAUACUACCAGUUCUAUUAUCAGUUAAGCCCAGAUAAAAGAUAUGCUUGGUCAAUUGACACAAAUGUGAGUGGUGGAAUGAAUGGAUUCCUUUGGUUAUGUGAGAGGAAUGAGUGGAGGGAAACAGUUCCUUCUCCUCUCAGUGGAUUGCCUGACAUUGAGUCUAACAAAGUCUUAAAUGUUACCUACGUUAAUCCUCCACAUCAUAAGCAUAUUCCAGAACCUCCUGAGGGGGUAACCAUGCCUGGGAAGGUCUUGCAACUUUCUGACAUAAAACCAUUCCCCAUGUUGUGGCAUGAAGACAAUGGACGGCGCCAGCUAGGCAGAGAGAGGGCACAAGUACCUGGGGCAAUCUCUGGUCCUCUAUUGGGAGAAGCAGCUCACCGUCUCCUCAAGAAUACACUUAAUAUAAAAAAUUCCUUCUCCCCUGCACUGCAUGCUCAACUACCGUAUCAAACUGCCCCAGUCAAUCAUACGGUUCAUAGACCAAGACCAGCUGGACCCUCUGGAUACGAAAGGGGCUUUAAUGAGAAUGGACAUUACAGUAAUCGUCGAGGCAUAAUGAGUUGCCCUAGAUUUCCACCAUCUCCAAGUGAAAUUCAGGGCAACCGACAAAAUAUCAGGUCACAAUACAGAUCUUCAUAUCAAGAACAAAACCACAAUUAUGAAGAACAAUACCACAAUGCAAGGGUUGGGAUGUCUGCUUUGACAAUAGAUAGUGCUAGAACCCGACCACAUACAACAGCAUCUCCCAGGAUGCCAAGUUCAGGUUCACUGCCAAAUCUCCGUCCACAGUUAGUGCAGAAUACGAGUCCACUUCCUUCCCCACCUCCCAAGUGGAUUAAUAGAUCGACUGGAAGUGCUGGAAUGUAUUUUAGACCAGAAACUGCUUCCAACGAAAAGCAGGUGAAAAAAGUCUAUCAGAUCAAGACUCGGGUAUCCCAGAGUCCUCCAGACUCUGAACUUCAGCAGUGAAUCUUGUGGCUUUUAGUUGGAUUUGGCAAUACUUAUUCUAUUUGAGGAUGCAGCCCCCAGCUAUUAGCUCCCCACUGCUAAUGCGUACAAGAGCAGGAGUUGAAUAAAGUUCCUUGCAUGCAUUCCGUGUUUGUUCAUAAUGAGAGCUUGCCGUAUAGAUUGAGAUAGUAACUGUAUUUCAGGUGAAGCUCGUUAUUCCAAUCCAUCUGUGUGGAGCGCUCUUUUUUGGGUGAAAAAGUGAAGCUUUGUUGGAGGCCAUCUCCGCAGAGCUCCAUUGAGGCACGGGGCCAGAGACUAUUGUAGAACCAGGUCGACCCAACCUCGGCUAGAUUUCAUGUUGGCUAUUGGCAGAGACUUACAUUGGUUGGACAAUACUGUGUAUUCCUGGCAGUGAUGGUUCAACAUGGUUGUGGAAGGGCAAAAGAGUUCAAUAAAAGCUUUGGAAGACAAUUGUGUAAGAUAUUUUUUCUCUUAUUUGAGUUUAUUUUUAAAUGUUGGAGAGAACAACAAAGCCAUGCUCCGCCUGCAGCGAAAAAAAUUGAGGGCCAAGUAUUUAUUGGGUAUAUCACAUAUGAUGCUGUGUAAUAUAAGUGGUGCUGAUUUAUUUA